AUGUCCUCCAUAUUCGGAGGUUCUGGAUCUAGCACACAAGGGAGGUUCUCUAACCUCAACGUCAAUCUUCCGCAACAACAGCUCCAACAACAACAACCCACAUCAACCUUCUCACAACAGCAGCAGGUACACACCCAACCUCUGGUUGGCUCUGGUAGCACAGCACAAAGCUUUGAAAAUCCCAUGGAGAAUACAAAACCAUCUUGGUUCAACAACCCCAGAAAAAGAACUAUUCCACAGUCAAUUGUUAAGCGUUCAGCAAAACCAGGUUCUUCCGAUAGCUCUUCGACUACUAAUAACUCAGGAUCUUCUUCCGGAAACAAAAAUGACUUUGGGGCAAUUGCAUUUGGCAGUAAAAAAGCCCCCCACACCUUGAAUCCAUCGGCAAAGCCAACAGAUCCUAAAGAUUCCCUACCUCAUGGCGUUCUGAUGGACUCCAAUGAGGCUCCUCCAACGAAAUCUCUAUACGAUUGGCAGCGGGAGGACGAAUUUGGUGCUAUGUUGCCUCCAUCGCACCUAGAAUCCACUCUGCACGAUCAGUCCUACAGUUCUUCCAAAAAAGCAGACACAUCUUCUCUUCGCAAUGUUUUCGACAAGAGUGAUAAUGUCAAGUCUAUGGCAGAAGCCACGGAAGUGAAAAUGAAUGGUACAAGUUCAGCAGUAUCGAAUAGGAACGAAAGCGCUGUGAUAGUAUUUGGCUAUCCAGAGUCUAUUUCUAAUCAAAUAAUCAUUCAUUUUUCCAAGUUCGGCAACAUUUUAGAGGACUUUGAAGCUCUUAGAGGUGCUUCCGGCAUAAACGCUGCAACAUUAAAGCUGCGCAGUAAACACACCUCUGAAAAUAGCCCAUCUCGCAAACUGCCCAUAUUUACUGGGGACGGUUGGAUCAAAUUGACGUAUGACUCGCCACCUUCAGCGCUCCGGGCUCUCCAAGAAAAUGGUGUUGUUUAUGGUGGAUGCUUGGUUGGUUGCGUUCCAUAUACAAAGACUGCGGUUGAGCAACUAGCAUCUUGCAAAAUUGAAAAAGCUGAUGAUGUUGGUAGCUUCAGUGUACCAUCUAGCUCAAUGUUAGGAAACGGACUGGGCGCUAUUAAUGGGGGCAAUGGAUUGCGAAAUGAAAAGCCGAACGCUCAGGAAACCCAGGGAUCUGAAGAGAAAGGUGCCUUUUUUCUACCUUCAAACCGGAUUGACUUGAAAGAUGGUAAAUCGUUAUUUGUACCUAAUGGCCCCAACUCUAGCAACCACAACUUUUUGAGAACAAUUGAAUCAAAGAUGCAGGAGCAAGAAAAUGGUAGCCAACACCCGAACGGAGUACUGGGGAAAGUCAACAACUGGCUUUUUGGCUGGAAUGACCUGUAA